AUGUCAACCUCGAACGCAGCGGUGGACCAACACACCGCCAUCGCGCAAGAAGCCUUACCCGCGAAUGCAUACGCCUUACAGCGCACGAACCAGCUCGCCGGUCUGCUGACCAUCAUCCGCGAUACCAAGACAACCCGCGGCGACUUUAUCUUCUAUAGCGAUCGUAUCAUCAGAUUGUUGGUUGAGGAAGGUAGGUUGGACCCAGAUUCGGACCACCCGUGGAUGAGUUAUCGCCGAGAGUCCGCGCGUGGUAUUUGGAACACACAAGUCCUCGGGAGCUGAUCUGCCCUGGGUUUUCUGGCCCGGUUCCGACUCGGACUCGGAGCAGGAUUGAACCACUUGCCCGUGGUCGACAAGAGUGAGUUCGUUCAAGCAAGACUAUCGGUAUCAAUACAAGGCGCUCUUCACUGAAACUGCUUCACUCCACGACGAGCAGCGGUGCUCACCCCCACAGGUCCGUCUCGCUCCGCCGCACGGAGACCCCCACAUCUGCACGAUCUGACUGUUGGAAGAUCCACUUGCGCAGGUCUGGAUUACAAAGGCGUCGGAUUCGAGGGAAAGAUCUGUGGUAUCUCCAUUAUGCGAGCAGGUGAAGCCAUGGAGGCUGGUCUGCGGGAAUGUUGUCGGUACAUCAUGCGUUCCAGAUUCAGCAAAUUCCGGGAGAAGGGGAGAGGGGGGAAAAGAUCAAAGUCUUUGCUCUGCCUCUUCUCCCAAAAUGAUCCGGCCAACACAACUUCUGACGCCAUUCCACCUUUGAGCUCUUUUAGAGCAGUUCGAAUAGGUAAAAUCCUGAUCCAACGCGACGAAGAGACUCAUCAAGCCAAGCUCUUCUACGCCAAGCUUCCCGACGAUAUCGCCCAACGAUAUUGUCUUUUGCUCGAUCCGAUGCUCGGUCAGUAUCGUAUCUUGACUCCUUGGCAUUCGACAUUCGUGAUCUAAUCAGAAAGACCUUGUUCUUUCUCAACCUAAAGCCACCGGGGGUUCCGCAAUCAAAGCGAUCGAAGUCCUCCUCGACCACGGUGUACCCCAAGAACGCAUCGUUUUCCUCAACCUCGUCUCAUGCCCCGAGGGCCUCGAAGCGAUGUACAAGGCCUACCCACAUGUGCGCGUCGUGACGGCUUGGAUCGACGAGUGCUUGAAUGAGAAGAAGUAUAUCGUGCCUGGGUUGGGAGGUGAGCUUUUCUUGCACCGCAUCAGAGGGCUUCGUUUGGAAAGGGAGGGGCGGUGCUGAUCGAAUCCUUCUUGGUGUGGUCAUAGACUUUGGUGAUCGAUAUUUUACAUCGGAUUGA